AAGUACGCCAUAUUGAAACUGGUCUUUUAGAGCAAGUUAUUGAAGGAAUUAAUGUGCGAACCUAUUUUCCGACUCCCAUGAAUUUUAGUGAUGUUGACACCGAUAGCUCUAUGAUAUUUUCAUUAAAGAUUAUAGGAGGCAUAGGGAUUUCUCAAACUUUAAAGGAUACAACGCUGAAAUAUGAUUACAGUAAUUAA